UCCAACAGUAAUUACGCGGGAAGUGUAAGCGCGUGGGAAUGAAUCAGAUCAAACAACUCCACGCGCAGUGUCUCAAAACUGGCCUAGACGAAACCAAAGAUCUCUUACAACGAUUGCUUCGUGUUCCUAAUCUUGUCUACGCCAGAAAACUGUUCGACCAUCACCAAACUCCUUGUAUCUUCCUCUACAACAAGCUGAUUCAAGCUUACUCCGUCCACGACCAGCCCCAUGAAUCCAUCUCCCUCUUCAACCUCCUCUCCUUCGAUGGCCUCCGACCAAAUCACCACACUUUCAAUUUCGUCUUCGCCGCUUCUAGCUCGAUCUCGUCGGUUCGAACAUUGCGAGUGCUUCAUUCGCAGUUUAUUAGAUCUGGGUUCGAGUCUGAUUCAUUCUGCUGCACUGCUUUAAUCACUGGAUAUGCAAAGGUGGGAGCUUUGUGUUGUGCGCGCAGGGUGUUCGACGAAAUGCCUAACCGAGAUGUACCUGUGUGGAACGCGAUGAUCACGGUUUACAAAAGCCAAGGUGAUAUGAAGGCGGCGAUGGAGCUGUUUGAUUCGGUGCCUUGUAAGAACGUGAUCUCGUGGACAAGUGUUAUCUCUGGGUUUUGUCAGAAUGGGAAUUACUCAAAAGCUUUAACGAUGUUUUUGUGUAUGGAGAAAGAUAAAUCUGUGAAACCGAAUCAUAUUACUGUGACUAGUGUUCUCCCCGCUUGUGCGAAUCUAGGAGCGUUGGAGAUUGGGAGAAGGUUAGAGAGAUACGCUAGAGAGAACGGGUUCUUUGAUAACAUUUACGUUAGUAAUGCUACACUAGAGAUGUACUCAAAAUGUGGGAUGAUAGAUGUAGCUAAACGGAUAUUCGAUGAAUUGGGGAAGCAGAGAAAUUUGUGCUCGUGGAACUCCAUGAUCAGUAGUCUAGCUACUCACGGGAAACACGACCAAGCUUUAGAGCUUUAUGCUCAAAUGUUGCGAGAAGGAGGGAAACCUGAUGCAGUGACGUUUGUUGGGUUGCUGCUAGCUUGUGUUCAUGGUGGGAUGGUGGCAAAGGGCAAAGAAUUGUUCAAGUCCAUGGAGGAAGUUCACAAGAUUUCCCCAAAGCUAGAGCACUACGGAUGCAUGAUCGAUCUCUUGGGGCGUGUUGGGAAGCUUCAAGAAGCCUAUGAUCUCAUCAGAACAAUGCCGAUGAAGCCAGAUGCUGUCGUUUGGGGAACCCUUUUGGGCGCUUGUAGCUUCCAUGGCAAUGUUGAGAUUGCAGAGAUAGCAAGCGAGGCAUUGUUCAAGCUUGAACCUUCCAAUCCAGGUAACUGUGUGAUCAUGUCGAAUAUCUACGCCGCGAAUGAGAGGUGGGAUGGGGUUUUGAAGAUGAGGAAGAUGAUGAAGAAGGAAACGAUGACUAAGGCUGCUGGAUAUAGCUAUCUUGUGGAAGUAGGAGUUGAAGUUCAUAACUUUACUGUGCAAGAUAAAUCACACCCAAGAUCUUAUGAGAUCUAUCAGGUUCUUGAUGAGAUCACCAGGAGAAUAAAGCCAGACAAGAGUUGCUUUGACUCAAAAACAAUGACCGAAUCUGUUGAACUAAUGUGAUUUACUGACUUUGGUGUUUUCAUAUUCUUUAUUCAAUUUCAUAUCAAACUUUAUGGUUUCACAGAGGUUAAAACCAUAUAAAGAUUAAUAUCUUUCUUA